UACCCCCGUCAACUCUGUUGAGCUCGCGGGAUCGAUUCCUUGUUGUACCACGUACGUUCUCGUGCAAGCUUUGAUUUGUUCAUUGCUGGCUUUUGCUAUGGCGGGAGAUGAAGGAACUGAGAUUUACGAGGAAGGAGAGGAUUCCAUUGAUGUGAAUAACGAAGUUGAGCUGGAAAAGGAGGGAGGAGGAAGAGAUGAGAAGGUGUUGGACUUCUUAGAUUCGUUGGAUGAGUAUUUAACGCUCAUGGAUUCUCUCAGUUCAAAGCUUCGAGAGGGAUGGUUUGAUCUAGCAAGUGCUAGGCAUUCUAUGGGAACUCUACGUAUCAACAGCACUCUUUUGGACCUCAAGUUUCAUCCCGCUGCUUCGACAUUGCAAGUGACUGAACAAGAUGUUGAAGCUUUGGGAUCAGUACCUCGUUUUGCUUUGUCCAAGUGGGCUUCCAAGGGUGGUAGUGGGAAAGGCAAAGACUCCUCUAUUGAUGCAGAUUCUGAGGCGGGGUCACCUCGUAGACCACAGCUACGCCAUCGAGGAGGCGUUUCUGAGGAGAAACCAUCAGCCAUGGGUGAAACAGUGUUAGCAGCUGAUGAAGAGAUUAAGAGAGAACGAGCCAAGUCUCUGUCGGUAUUCGGAGGUCUAGUCUCGCCUAAGCUGCGUGGCGCUCAACUCUCAUUUGAAGCAGCUCUUGAAACUCUUGUGGAAAUAGCCAACACUCGAUCAUCCAUGCUAACUGCCUUUGAGCGGAUCACAAAGAAGUAAAGACUGAUCAACGUGCUCAAUGGAUUCAGUGGAAGCAGAACAGUGGCGACGUGUCAAAGGGAGACAGAAUGUUCCACAUUCAGUGUAAACACAGAUUUGUUUCAGUGAUUAAAUUUUACCAUAAUUUCUUACAGACAUGAGCUAAAGAAAGAUCCA